AUGUCUCGCCCCGGUGUAGACAAUGUUGUCUGGAUCAACAAGACACCACAAUCGGCAUCAUUGUCCCACUCCGAAGGCUUGGAGCGCAUCAACCUCCUUUCUCAAGCCCAGCGCAAUAGUCGCGCUCUCACGCAGUCUAUUCACAAGACCAAAAGAGCCAGGAAGGCCCGCAAAACAAACACCGUCGUUGUUCGCUUCAUUGAAGCAGACAAAAUCACGCGUGGAAAGGACAAAAUCGCGCCAGACCCCGUGUCGGACUUCUAUCCCCAUCUCCAGCUGAGCAUCCCUCGGGCUCUAAUGGACUCCUUAUUCGACAUUCAAAGAUCCGAAUUCAUCCACUCGCUACACAAGCUACACCUAGAAGACUCCGUGUACGCCUUCAUACCAUCCCGCAUCGGCACGUCCAGAGUGGUCGAGGACGCGGCACAUGCUGUCGUGGCGGCGCAAAAUUACCGCCUCACACCGAUCCGAGAUCGAAACGAGAGACUCCACUUGGCCGCCGCAGCAUCGUACAUCAGCGCCAUCCGCGUACUGAAAGGCUCGGUAGACGGAUCAGAUGCUUGUCUGAUGGCAUGUCUGCUGCUGCAAUUGUCACACUCCCUAUCAGAUCACUCAGAUGACCGGCGUGAAAACUCAAGUGCCCACAUCGAUGGAAUUGCCGCAGUCCUUGCUGACAAGGCGAGGCAAUUCCUUUCGCGGCCGCCCAGUGAUUUUGCAAGAAUGGCCUUCUACUCUCUCCGAUACUGUACGUAUUUUCUGCCAAUUGCGCAGGGAGUGGCUUCGCCUUUCGACGAUGGCCUGACAGCACGGCUGAAAUGGACAAGUCCAACAAGGAGCCCGACAUCACAGGAGGUGUGUCUUCGACAGAUUGCUCACGAGCUGUUUGUGCGACUUCCACGAUUGAUUGCUGGUACGCGAUCGCUUCGGAACGGCGACGGUGCGGAUCGCGACAGCGUCUUGAACCUUGCGGCAGACCUCUGCGAGCUCCACGACCCCGAUACAGAGACCUGGUUCCUCCGGCACAAGACUACUUACGUCCACACGGUGGAAGUAUACCGCGAGCAUGUCGGUGACUACUCACUUAGCUUCCCUUCACUGUCCGAGUGGGAGUGUAUGGUAGUUUACUGGGAGACACAUCUGGUCCUCUUCCGACUCUGCUACGAGCUCUCCAGACUAGCCCCCAUGGGCCACCCGACAGUCCGAAAGUUCAAGAAUCAUGCCUACCAAGAUGGCAUGGCGCAGGCCAUCCUCAUGUCGUGGACUUUCGUCCAUCAGCGCUGUAAUACUGGGCUUGGAACCCGGAUCAAAACUGCGUUGAUAGCUUGCUACUCCGUUAUGCGUCUCAAAGCCACAUGGCAUGGUUCAGUCGCAACACUACGGCAGUGGAUCAACCAGGUGUUGCACAAAGAUGGUGCCCUCAAUCCUGAUGCCGCUGACAUUGGCGACGCGCUUGCUGGAGGUGCAAUCCAACCAUUCCGGGACUGGGCAUCCGGCUCACGCAGCAUUCUUGGUAAUCGAGGGAGCAAUAAAUGA